CCCAGUGACUCACUUGCAGCCCUUAAUCCACUAUUUUGUCAAAUCUUUGGCCAAUUUCUCUUUUCACAGUUGAAUUAUACUUGUUCAUUGAUUUUUAUAUGAAUCUCACCCACAACAAGUAAGCUUUUAACUCUCAAACAGUAUACGGAGUACAACACCAAGAUUCAGAAUUUCUGUUGAAAAAUCACUCUUUCAAUUUUAUUAAAAUCAUUAUUUGAAUUCCAAAUUAUGAUUUUGUGUCGGAAUUCCCAGAAGUUUAUUUAGAUUCCCAGUUCAUAGUAAUGGCGAACCCUGUUUUUCUGUUGAUGAUUUUAUCGGGUUUUCUUCUCUCUCCAAUACAGUCCAAGCUAGUUGAAAAUGAAGCGAUUGCUCUUCAAGAAAUUUUUCAAACAAUGGGUGCCAUGUACUGGAAGUUUGAUAAUGUCUCUUGUCAACUUGAAAUGUCUGGAGUAACACCACAUUCACCAUUUGAUGCUGAAAGUGACAUUGGGUGUGAUUGUAACCAUGAGAACAACACUUGCCAUGUUGUAAAAAUAUGGCUCAAAGGUUACAGUCUUCCUGGCGUGCUUCCACGUGAACUGGUGAAGCUUCCUUAUCUUCGGGAAGUUGAUUUCGCCUAUAACUAUCUAUAUGGUGGAAUACCGGCAGAAUGGGCUUCAAUGCAGUUAGAAUUCAUCUCUCUACUUGCAAACCGGUUGUCUGGACAUAUCCCAAAGGAGCUCGGAAAUAUUGCUAGUCUCACUACUCUGUCUCUUGAGGCCAACAAAUUUACUGGAAAGGUUCCUAACGAGCUUGGAGAAUUAGUCAACUUAAAGAGUUUGAUGCUGUCCUCAAAUAACUUAAGUGGAACACUGCCUACAACACUUGCUGGCCUGACAAACUUAACAGAUUUUCGGAUUAAUGAUAACAACUUUGAUGGGGUUAUACCGGAUUAUAUUCAAAAUUGGAAGCAGCUUAAUAGAUUGGAAAUGCAUGCAAGUGGACUUCAGGGGCCUAUUCCAUCUUCAAUAUCCCUCUUGGAUGGACUAACUGAGUUGAGAAUAAGCGACAUCAAUGGAUCUAUGCAGAAUUUUCCGGAUUUGAGGAAUAUGACUGGCCUAGAAAGACUUGUGCUGAGGAACUGUAACAUUGCUGGAGAGAUUCCUGCGUUCUUGUGGGCUAUGAAAAAUUUAAGAAUGCUUGAUGUUAGUUUCAACAACAUAGUAGGCGAAAUUCCAGAUGACAUUAGCUCUAAGUACUUGAAGUUUAUAUUUUUGACGGGAAACACGUUUAGUGGAAACAUACCUUCUUCUUUGUUGCAAGAUGGCAGGAACAUUGAUCUUUCCUACAAUAAUUUCACGUGGCAAGAUCCUGAGCAGCCAGCGUGUAGAGAAAACAUGAAUUUGAACAUAAACUUAUUCCGUAGCUCUUCUACUGGAGUCAGCUUAAAAGGACUGCUCCCUUGCUCAAAUAGUAUUAGUUGUCCACGAUAUGGUUGCUCUUUACAUGUGAAUUGCGGUGGAGACGAUUUUGUAGCAGAAGAUGAAAACAGAAAGUUUGUCUAUGAAGGAGAUGGAGCUGUUGGAGGUGGUGUAGCCACAUAUUUCAGGAGUGAUAGAAGUCGCUGGGGAUUUAGUGCCACUGGUGACUUCAUGGAUGAUGCUGAUUUCCAAAGUAUACGUCAUACUAAAUACUUGGCUAAAAGUAAUUUGUCUAAUUUAUAUGCCACAGCGCGUCUUUCCCCAGUUACACUUACUUAUUUCACUUACUGCCUGGAGAAUGGGAAUUAUUCUGUGAAAUUACACUUUGCUGAGAUUCAGUUCACAAACAACAAAACAUACAACAGCCUUGGGAGGCGUGCCUUUGAUAUUUACAUUCAGGAUAAAUUAGUGCAGAAGGAUUUCAACAUUGAAGAUAAGGCUCAUGGUGCUCAAAAGCCAACAGUCAUAGUGUUUAAUUCAAGUGUGACAAAUAACACUUUGGAGAUCCGAUUUAACUGGGUUGGUAAAGGGACAACAAGGAUUCCGACCAGAGGAGUUUAUGGACCUCUCAUUUCAGCUAUCUCUGUCAAUCCUGUUUCCAGACGCUGCUCCAGUGGCAGGAAAAAAGGAAUUGUGUAUAUCUCUGUAGGAAUUGUCUCCUUUUUCUUUAUAGUCUUGGCGUUGCUUAUUAUCUGGUGGAAAUGCUGCUUCAGAGUCAGGACAAGGAGAGAUGAUCUUGGAGGACUGCAAUUACAAGGCGGUGGGUUUACAUUGAAACAAAUAAAAACUGCAACCAAGAACUUCAAUCCCACGAACAAAAUAGGUGAAGGUGGUUUUGGGCCUGUUUACAAGGGUUUGUUGCCAGAUGGCACUCUUAUUGCAGUAAAGCAGCUUUCCUCAAAAUCGAAGCAGGGAAAUCAUGAAUUUCUCAACGAAAUUGGCAUGAUUUCCUGUCUUCAGCACACAAAUCUUGUUAAGCUUCAUGGAUUUUGCAUUGAAGGGGAUCAAUUGUUGUUGGUAUAUGAAUACAUGGAAAACAAUAGUCUUGCAAACUCUUUGUUUGGUCAUAAUCGAGGCCAAAUAUUUUUGGACUGGCAAACAAGAGUUGGAAUAUGCCGCGGAAUCGCUAGAGGUUUAGCUUUUCUCCACGAGGACUCGAGACUCAAGAUUGUUCACAGGGAUAUUAAAGCGACAAAUGUGCUGCUGGACAAAGAGCUGAAUCCCAAAAUAUCUGACUUUGGAUUGGCUAGGCUUGGUGAGGAUGAGAACACCCAUGUUAGCACCCGAGUAGCAGGAACAAUUGGAUACAUGGCUCCAGAAUAUGCAAUAUGGGGUCACCUAAGCUAUAAGGUUGAUGUUUAUAGUUUUGGAAUUCUCACUUUAGAAAUUGUCAGUGGAAGGAGCAACAGUUGUUAUGUGCCAACUGGUGACUUCUUCUGUCUUCUAGAUUUGGCAUGUAGUUUGCAGCAGAGUGGUAACUUUGUAGAACUUGUUGAUCAAAAGCUGGGGUGUAACUAUAACAUAGAAGAAGCAGAGAAUAUGGUGAAUGUUGCUCUGUUGUGCACCAGUACUGCUCCUUCUGGAAGGCCUAGUAUGUCCGAGGUGGUGAAGAUGCUCGAAGGGGAAAUGACAAUCCCUAAUGUGGUUCCUGAUUUCCAAGCAUAUACAAAUGACGUGAGAUUUAAAAGCAUGAGGGGUAUCCAGACUCAAAGAGAAACUGAGAAUGUUAAUGGUACGCAAUCUGAAAUUACAACAACAAUGCAUGCAGACACUGUUUUGUCCUCUACAUCAAGUCAAAACUUGCAUCAAAAUACCCCUUUCAGAAACUCCUCAUGAUCCAUUAUUUUCUUUGGCUUGUUCAGAUUUGUUCAGAGUGCGCCUCCGUUUUCCAUUGGGUACUGCCCCCUGAACGCAAGUUCUUGAUGACAUGGUGCCACCAAUAUCUCCAAUUAUUAUGUGCAUAUAGAGUCGGAUAAUGAUACAUUGACCCUGAGACUGAGAGCAAGCAGCCCUUAUUACAGUGUUACAUUGUAACAGGCAAUUGUUAUUUUACCUCUCUCUUCUAACUCACGAGGGUUACUAUGUAGAGUCUCAUAGCUUGUUCAGGUACUCACUACUACGUAUAUAUUAGAAAAUUUAUUGUUUGAAGCAUGUAAUACACGAUUUUAAUCAUGAUGUAUAUAAAAAGUGCUGAUUAGCUGAGAAUUAGUUUUAACUUCAAAAUCUUACAGUGAUUACUAAAACUAUGAGCACCUACAAGAAUAAUCUUUCUGCUUCCUUGGAACCCAUGAUGUAAAGGAUAAUGUUUGUUAUUCUUAGUCUGUUAGCUUAGCUCUUGCUUUACCCUUUA